AUGCAGUCGAGUCGGUUACUCUCCUUUUCCUCCACCUCUCCGAGCUUCGGCAGUUUUUCCUCCGCCGUAGACCUCGCCGCCAUCGCAGCCCGAGUCGUCGAGGAAUUCAGAGACCAGGAGCCGCAAUCCCAUUCCCACCGCGACGACGACGAUUUCGAGUUCGCCUUCGACUGUCCCAGCCGCAGGUGUUCUCACCCCAUCGCCACCGCCGACGAGAUUUUCUGUAAUGGUCAGAUCCGCCCGUUAAAUCCGUACGGUGGUCGAACUGAAAGGGCUCCGGUAGAUGGCAAGGGCGGCGCAGAAUCUCAACCGACGACUUCUCCGGCGAAGAGUGCUCUUCCUCGUCGUCAUCGACCGGCGCUGAGUAAACUGAUGAGUGAAGACAGAGAUCCGACGUCGAAUUCAUCGUCGGAGGCCGAAGAAGAUCUAACCGGUGUUCCGCCGGAGACUUACUGUGUAUGGACACCAAAACAGUCAAAUAGCGGUGGAGUUUCGAAAGACGAUGAUCUCCGAGGACUCUCGUCGUCUCCAUCACAGAGCAAAAUCAAAAGCAAUUCAGCCGGAUUUUCGAAACGUUGGAAGCUCCGGAAUCUUCUGUACGCGAGAAGCAGCAGCGAAGGUAACGAGAAGCUCGUGUUUCCUGCGCCGGUGAUGAAAAGCGAUGAAACCAUCUCUGAACAAGGAAAAGUAGAAGAAGGAGAAGAAGUACGAUCGCCGUCGAAGGACGAUGAUGCCGGAGGUGACGAAAAAAGGGAAAGCGAAGAGGCAAAACGACAGUCGUUUCCGUAUAGGAAGGAUAUGAUUGGAAUAUUGAAAAAUGUGAAUGGGCUUAGUCGUCAUUUACGUCCUUUUUAA